CUUUUUUCCUUUUUAUUUUGCAUAAUGUGCUCAGAUAACGCAAAGGACUAUCAAAUUGAGCAGCUGUUACAACUAUUUCCUGAAGGAGAUCCGGACUAUUUCCGCUCUUGCCUUGAUCAUUACCAGCAUAAUGCCGUCGAACGAGUGACAGAAAAGAUUGUAGAACUAGGCGGUUACUAUCCCAAGAUGCCCUUAUUCGACACAGACCGUGAUAAUAGACUGAAUGCCUGUCUGAAAGUCUUGGCCCUAGAGGUGUUUCCUGAUUGCGACAUUCAGUUCUUGAGAGAACGGGUCCUGAGGUACCCUUUUGCUCAUAUUGAGCAGGUCACAGAUGAACUGCUUCGUUUAGGACAUUGGCCAGAGAGACUUAAUUAUGGUCAAAUGGAAGAUGCGGACGGUAUUCGUAGUGAACGAUACAAGCAUCAAGCCUUGAAACAGCUUGUCAAAGAAUUCCCAGAGAUUUGGAAAUCAUCUGUUCAAGCUGUGCUCGCAGAGAACAAUUGGGACUAUCUCAAGAGUCGUGAUCAGCUUCAACGUAUGGGUUCUGGUGGAUUUUGGAACUCAAUCAAGAAUUUUUUGAUACACUGGAACAAAGGAGCAAGACGAGCACAGUAUGCUCGACUUGACCCUCAGUUGGAGGAGCAGCUGACAAGUUUAGAAAGACAAAGGAUGAAUGUUCAAGCGAGUCAAGAUCUGAUAUUGGCCAAGGAGAUAAAUCAAAAAGAGUAUGGUGGUCAGAACCAGUCAAUCACCUGUGAUUGUUGCUUUGGAGAUUAUACAUUCGAAGAACUCUUGUUUUGUAGUGAAGGAAAGCAUGCGUUCUGUCAUGAAUGUGUCAGUCGAUAUAUAACCGAAGGCCUCUUUGGUCAGGGCGCACUUAGAGCACGGUCAUGGAUUGAUUGUAUCGCUUCGUCCGACGCGUGUUCUGGUUGUCUUCCAGCAAGGACGCUCAAGCAAGUACUACCGUCUGAUCUAUGGAUGGCCUAUGAACAAUCUCACCUAGACAACUGUGAGCAGAACAAAGUUCAAUGCUGCUCAUGUGCUUACUUUGAAUAUGAUGACUCUGUCAAGCAGUUAGAGACAGUGCCUGUUGUGGACAUGAUACGAAGGAUAAUUGGAUGGUUUAUGGUACUUCUAAUUGUGUUUCUGUACUGCAGAGUAUUAAAUUACUACACCUUUUUUAUCAUGACCAUUCCAUUCGCCUUGGGCUAUCAGUGGAAUAUAGAGAGUGAUCUCAAUAUAGCUUACGGUCGUAUCAAGCGAGCGAGGCGUGGCCAAGUAUUUAGGUGUAGGAAUCCAAAAUGCCAAGUGUGGACGUGUUUAGAAUGUCAGCGGCCGUUUAGAGGAUUACAUCAGUGUUGGGAAAAAGAAAAUGACGGAUUAAGACUAUAUGUGGAAAGAGCCAUGGCUGAAGCCGUGAAACGAACGUGUCCUCAAUGUUCACUUUCAUUUCAAAAAGCGGAUGGAUGUAAUAAGAUUAAAUGUCGAUGUGGAUAUACCAUGUGCUAUGUUUGUAGAAAGGAUAUAGCAAGAGAAUCAUAUAAACAUUUCUGUGAUCAUUUUCGAGCGAUACCUGGUAGUCGAUGUACUAAAUGUAACAAGUGUGAUUUAUAUAAAACUGAACCUGAAGAUCAAGUGAUACGAUCAGCAGCAGAGAAGGCCAAGACAGAGUAUCUGAGGGCUCACCCAGAGCUUAUGAAUAAAGGUCUUGUGACAAGUGUCACUGGACCCAAGUCUAGGAUAGAUAAAAUAGGCAAGUAUAAAAAAAAAUAUUAAGAGACAAACAAUUAAGAGACAUAAUAGUGGAAUGGAGAGAUAGCAUAGUGAUCAGUACACUUGAAUCUAUUUUAAACUGGGUUGUGUAAAUAUCAUUGUGCAUAUACAACAACAACUCCUUUUUUUUUUUCUGUAAUAUAUAUAUUCACGCGUCGUUUAUAAUUCUAAAA